AUGGAGAUGCCACGACCCACCACUCCUGAAGAAAUCUUACGUUUGAACGGAAUGGUGAAUUACCUAAGUCGUUUCCUACCCAACCUGUCGGAGGUUAUGAAGCCCGUGCGUGAUCUAACACAAAGAGUCGGCGUGGUGCUGGUUGGAAAUACACGAGAAACAUGGAAUGAAGUGAAGCAUCUAGUACUACCAGCCAUCAGAAAGUCUUGAGAUCCAAUGCGACAGCAGUCAGACCGGUGUGAGAGUGACCCUAAUGCAGAAUGGUCAUCCGAUUGCAUAUGCCAGUCGAACACGAUCUGAGACAGAAUCACGAUUCACGAUAUGCACAGAUAGAGAAGGAAAUGUUGACCAUCGUUUAUGCGGUAGAGAAAUUUAACGACUACACGUUUAGCAGAAAACUACAGUGAUCAUCGUCACCGUCUACAGUGAUCAUAAACCUCUGGAAAGUAGUUUGAAGAAACCCCUUCAUCGAUCGCCCAAGAGACUGCAGGGUUGAUGAUCCGUCUUCAGAAGUAUGACAUCGAAUUGAAGUAUGAGAAAGGAAGCAAUAUGUUCCUUGCCGAUAAGUUGUCGAGAGCGAGCAUCCCCGGUGAUGAGAAAAGUGGUCCAGAGUUCGAGACCAUCAAUAUGAUGAAGUACCUGCCAAUUUCCGACGAACGGUUAAAGGAAAUACAACGAGAAACAAAAAGCGACGAGUCCCUCCAAGUCUUGACGACGGUGAUUCGGCAAGGUUGGCGGCACCCUACUUCAACAUCCGAGACGAGUCGAGGUCUAGAUAGUGUUUAG